AAAAAUACUAAACAGAAGUCGAAAAGCAGAAGUCAGAAGUCGUAAGAAGUAUACUAGUAUAAUAACUUACUGACCAUCAAUAAAAUACCUGUUACAAAAUAUGGCUAGUGUUGAAGUCCAUCGUGAGAGACUUCUUAACAGAAGCAAUAAGUUGGACCGAGGUAUUUGCGCCAAGCAGAACAACUCUAAUUUAAAAGGUCGUGCACCGAAAGAAAUUAUGACAUGCGAUCUGACGAAUUUAUCAAUUGAAAAAAAUCGAAAUAUGGCUUCUCGAAUCAAAUCUACGACACACGAGAGAUCAGAUGGCAUUCCAAGCCUAGAUCUUCACUUAACAGACGAUAGCACAUCCUUGAAGAAAACAGCUUGUGAUAAACGGGUUCGAUCAAGAACACCUGGUUUUCCUGAAAGGAGCUUAAUAGAAAUACCCCCAGCAGGGAGGCCAGCUUCGACUGGGAGACGACUGCCCCCUAUACGUCAUCAGUACGUCAAAUCUGUGACGUCACCGAAUAAAUUAGGUGUCCCGACAAGCGAGGAUCAAAGCUUAGGGGAAAUUGCAUUAACUGAGUCGAAUAAAUUUUCCGAUAAACGAAAAUCAGUUUCAACGUGUAUGAUAGGCGUGGACAAAUUAAGCGGUUUAAAAGUACCGCCCGCCCCGAAUGCUCAAAUACCUAAUCCAAUGCUGUUACAGCAACGUAAUAUAACUUUACAGCCCUGUGCUCCUAAACUUGAUCGCUCAAAUAACUUUCCAAAUCGAGCGAGUUCUUCGUGUAAUAUGAAACAGCGAAAGCCAGUUUCGCAAACAAAUGAAGCAACUGCAACGCCACGGUUUUUAGCCCCCACACCCCCAACACCGUCGCUGGAGAAGCCCCAACUUUCGUCGACUAUUCUAAGUGUUAGAAACCUGCAAAUGACGGAGCAGACAGCGAAACCAACAGACGGCUGGCAACCAGGUUCAAUGAGACACUCUUACCCCAGAAAUAGACCGCAACACGCACGCGCACCGGCGCAAAUCCAAAACCGGAAUAAUUUGACACGAAAAACGCACCCUCCCUAUAUUCCAACAAGUACGGACAGUUUUGAACUUCAGGAAAAAGCUGCUACAAAGAAGUAAAAAUCGACCCUAUAUGUAGUACUGUGGGGUAAGAUGGGACAGCAUCAAACAUCUAAAACCCAUAUUUUAUGGUUCGGUUUUUAACAAUUCACAACGCUCUUAUAAAGUCGCGGGGCUACGGUUAUUUAUUUCUGUAAAUAUUCUUUGUUUACUGCGGAACAGAACGAAAAAAGAGAGUUAAAGCAUGUCCCAUCUUACCUCAUGGUGCUCAUUCUUCUGCUUAUAUGUAAGGUGUUUAAACAACAGCAAUAUUCAGUCAUUCGUGUUCAAUGUUACACACCAGUUUUCUGUAUUAUCACUGUAUAUUUGCUAUAUGUAUAAUGUAUUAAUAAUGUUUAAAUUCCUGAAUUACUGCGGGGUAAGAUGGAAACCGUUAUUUU